GAGAGAGAAAGAGAGAGAGAGAGAGUUUGGUGGAGCUGCAGGUAAACGGAUGUUUGUCAACAGGAUCACUUCCCUCGUGACACACUAAUGAGCAGAUUCAUUGAUUACUGGAGCUUCAACUCAACACAGCUGUGUGUGUGAGAGAAAGAGAGAGUGUGUGCGAGUGUGAGAAGAACACACUCUCCGUUUGACGAGGACCCGCGUUUCCACACCAGCAACUUUUUUCAAACAUUCCGUUUUAUUUUCGAACAUCCAGGAUGAAGCCCAACAAAAGAGCUUUUGAUGAGGAUCAGAACGGAGACACCGAGUUUUCUGCCAUGUCGGACAGUGACCCGUGUGAAGACGACGGUUACCCUCUCAACCUGUCCACCAGCGGCAGGAGAAGCGGCUCUUCCGCCAAACGCCGCCGACGUGGAAACCUCCCCAAAGAGGCGGUUCAGGUUCUGAGAGACUGGCUUUAUGAGCAUCGCUUCAACGCGUAUCCCUCAGAGCAGGAGAAGCUGAGCCUGUCUGGACAGACGCAUCUGUCCGUAUCGCAGAUCUGUAACUGGUUCAUAAACGCCCGCCGGAGGCUCCUGCCGGACCUGCUCAGGAAAGACGGCAAAGACCCCACGCAGUUUACAAUGUCUCGACGCACCAGCAAAACCGACAGAUCCGCCUCCCCAGAAAGCCCCGCCUCUUCGACACGCCCCUCAGUCAUUUGCCCCGCCCCAACGUUGGACUUGAGGCUUUUGGGUAACACUGCGACUGCAAUUUUGGCCGGAGCCGGUUGCUUGUCGUCGUCCGGCAGUCAAGAUGGAGGCGUUCAGGCUCUGAUGCAACUGGACACACGAGGUCUGCUGAGGCGAGAAGGUCUAACUGGUUUCCGGAGUGAAGAUCAUUACCUGACGACUAUCCCGUUCGCUUCUACCUCUGUCCCGACCCUGGGAGCGGUGAGCCCGAGCGGGGUCCUGUUCAACACGCCACCUCCUACCCCACCGGAGCUGUGCGCGCAAGAUUUCAGCGAUCUGAAGCUUCUAGUGGACGCGGCCCUGCAACGCGCAGCUGAGCAAGAAAACUGCAGACAGAAAGAGCAGCCGAUGCAAGCGAACGGACCUUCGAAUGAAAGUGAGCUCGUCCAGAAUGGUGAUUUUGAGACCAUUUUGACUUCCACAGCAGAAACGCCUUCAAGGGACGAAUCCAAUCCUGAACCAGCCUUGAUUGAGAGCGCAAUAUUACCAGUAUCAGUUCCUGUCAUGAGCCGCUCUUUUCCAGGCCUUCCCGUGGAUCUAAGCUCAGCCGGCGUCUCCGAUGUCCUCGGAGAGAAUGUUACAGAAUCUGCUAGCUUCACGUCUGCUGGGAUGUGGGGCGUCCGGCAACCCGGUCCACUUGCGAGCACGUGGGUUUCUCAGUACGUGCAUAAUACGGUCACGGAAGCGGUCAACUGAUCGCUGCGAAAAACUCAAGCAGA